AUGCCCACCCAAAGUGACGUCGCUGGUAGCCCACAGCGACCGCAGCAAUCCAGGACCGUGACCUCGACAUCUCAACCAUAUGUACCGCAGCCGGAGAGCCUCAUUCUUCCAGACGGUGCAAUAGGAGAAGAGGCCGCUGAGUUGUUGGGAGAGUUUGUUCACCCCCACCACAUCCCAGAAGAGACAUUGGUUGGCUCCGACGAUCCCAUGGAAGACGGGUCAGACGAUGAACUGGACAAAAGGUCGAGGCUGCCAUGGUGGAAGAGACCAUCUCCGUGGUGGUUGCUUGGUGUGCUACCGUUUACAGCUAUCGCGAUGUCUGCAACGAUAGCCCCUCGCAUUGAAAUAUACACCAUUCUUGCAUGCAGUGUUCAUAAACCUGAUAUCUUCCGUCAAGCAUAUCCCGAACGCUGGGCCCCUAACAAUUCUACCUUUCCAUCCGUCAUAUCUGAAUCGCCUUAUCAACCCAAUGACAUACAUGCAUAUGAUGCCCACCCUGCUUUACCGCUUGUCAACCCGGUAUAUCAUCCAGCUUCUCCAAACUCUGAUGUCAUCCACUGGAGCAACAACUCUGACGGAACUCCAAAUCGUAACCUAUGCGCUUCAGAUCCUACAGUAUUGGCCGCCGUUGCAAAGUUAACUGCAGUUAUAACGGCUACGAUGGGCAUUCUCAGUCUGCUUACCACUGGGUGGUGGGGUGCUUUCUCUGACCGUCAUGGCCGAACUCGCGUCAUGGGCAUAUCCAUUUUGGCUCUUCUUAUCACGGAUUUCAACUUUAUUUUAGUGGCCAAAUUUUACCAACAUCUACCUGGGGGGUACUGGUUCCUUGUUGUAGGCCCAGCCCUAGAAGGUUUAUUUGGUGGAAUGGCGACCGGCAUUGCUGCCAUGCAUGGAUACAUGGCUGAUACGACGGCUGAAAAUACAAGGUCACGAAUGUUUUCUCUCAGUCUAGGACUUCUCUUCAGCGGCAUGGCUAUUGGACCAACUUUAGGAAGCUUGUUGAUUCGCUUCACGGGCGAAACACUCUCCGUGUUUUAUCUGGCAACUGCAGUUCACCUUGCCUACACGGUAAUGGUGUGGACUGUAUUGCCUGAACCAUUGACAAAAGAGCAAAUGCAGAAUGCCAAGGACAGAUAUAAUGCAGAGCUGUCAAACGCUGCUAGCGGCCGUGAACAGUUGCGUCCAUCCACUCGACUUCUCGUCGAGUUCAGUCGUAUCUUUACUUUCUUGGUUCCUUUGGCCAUUUUCUUACCAAAGUACGGUGGAGCUACAACAAAUCCACUCAAGACUCCUGGGAAGGAUUACAACCUUGCUUUGAUGGCCAUUGCAUACGGCUUUACAAUCUCUGUUAUGGGAUCAUACACGUACAAAUUUCAGUAUGCAGCGUCCACUUUUGGCUGGAGCACUGAAACAAUUGGAUACUGGGUGAGCCUAUCUGGUGCCACUCGAGCGAUCUUCAUGGCCAUUAUUUUACCUCUUCUUAUCAAAAUAUUCAAACCGAAACCGAUAACCCUUAUUCUACCAGCUACGCCUUCCGAAGCCACUCCGCUUCUUGAUUCGAGAAGUGGUUCACGGUCAUCUUCAACGAUUCGACGACCCGGUAUAAUCAAGAAAGAAAUUCACUCCCCUGCAUUCGAUUUGGGCCUUGCUCGCGGUUCGUUAUUGAUAGAAAUCGUCGCCUAUUUCGCCAUGGGUAUCACAACAGCACCGAUUCCGUUCUUGGUCCUUAGCAUAUUUGGUUCUCUAGGUUCAGGAUUUAGUCCUGCAACCCAAAGUGUCAUGUUGUCUUUAUACUCUAGAAGGGGAGGUACCGAAUUUGGAAGACUGUUUGGAGCCCUUAGUGUGAUUCAGGCUUUAUGUUCCCAAGUCAUUGGGCCGACCCUCUAUGGCUUUGUGUUUAUCAAAACUGUCACAUUUUUCCCCGCUGCCAUAUUCUAUCUCACGACAUUCAGUGUUACUAUUUCUUUCAUCUUGCUUGCCCUAGUUCGUGUUCCGAAAGAAAGCGAAUAUCGACGGGAAAGCAUCGCCGACCUAGAAGAACCGACUAUUAAUCCCCAGCCGCAGGUACACCAUCAUGAGGAGACCUUGGUGGAUACUCGGACUUGA